GAAAUAGAAUGGGGCAAGGGCUUGGCUCAGAAGAGGGAAGCUGAGGCUAGGAUGAAGGAACUAGAAACCGAGAAGGACAAGCCUUUUGCACGCAGCAGGGACGAUCCAGAACUUGACAACAUGCUCAAGGAUAGAUUAAGAUGGGGUGAUCCUAUGGCACAUUUGGUAAAGAAAAAAUAUCCAGAGCCUGUUCUUCCAGAUUUGGGAGAAGGUGAGAAGAUGAAAGAAUCAGGUUUUGUUGUUCCGCAAGAUAUUUCAGAUCACAGCUGGUUGAAAAGAGGUUUAGAUGCUGCACCAAAUCGCUAUGGGAUAAGGCCGGGACGACAUUGGGAUGGAGUUGAUCGUAGUAAUGGUUUUGAGAAGGAAAUGUUCAAGAGAACAAAUGAGAGGCAAGUUCGGGAUAGAGAAGCUUAUCUUUGGUCUGUCUCUGAUAUGUGAAAAAUGAUAGUGUA